GGCGGAGCGGGGAAGAUGGCGGCGGCGGGCGCGGGGGCCGGGCCCGGGCCCGGCGCGGGACCCUCGGCCGGAGCCGGUGCGUCCAACCCGCGCAAGUUCAGCGAGAAGAUCGCACUGCAGAAGCAGCGGCAGGCGGAAGAGACCGCGGCCUUCGAGGAGGUCAUGAUGGAGAUCUGCUCCACACGGCUGCAGGCGCAGAAGCUGCGUCUGGCCCACAGCCGGGGGCCCUUCUACAGCGGCUCCCUGCCCAACGUCAACCAGAUCGGCACCGGCGUUCCCGACUUCCAGGGCCCGUCGCCGCUGGAUUCCACGCGCAGCACGCGGCACCACGGGCUGGUGGAGCGCGUGCAGCGGGACCCGCGCCGGAUGAUGUCCCCGCUGCGCCGCUACGUCCGGCAGAUCGACAGCUCUCCCUACGGACCCACAUACCUGUCGCCUCCGCCUGAGCCCAGCUGGAGGAGGACCAUGCCCUGGAACAAUUUCCCCAUGGAAAAAGGACAUUUAUUCCGGCUGCCCUCGGCUCUCAACAGGACGAAUUCCGACUCGGCGCUGCACACGAGCGUGAUGAACCCCGCGCCCCAGGACGCCUACCUGGGCCCCUCGCAGGCCGGGCCGCCCCCCGGCCGCCGCGCCGGUUUCCUGGACGGGGACUCGGACAGCAAAGUGUUCCUUUUCCAAGUGCCUCCCAUCGAAGAGAACUUCGACGACAACAAGCACUCGCUGAAGCCCUGGGACGCCAAGAAGCUCUCGUCCUCCUCGGCCCGGCCGCGCUCCUGCGAGGUCCCGGGAAUCCACGUAUUCCCAUCCCCGGAUCAACCUGCCAACGUGCCCCUCAUGCCCUCGGCCCUCAACACGGGGGGGUCCCUGCCCGACCUGACCACGCUGCACUUCCCGUCCCCCCUGCCCACCCCCCUGGACCCUGAGGAGGCCCCGUACCCGCCCCUGAGCGGGGGCAGCAGCACCUCCAACCUGGCCACCACCAUGACCCACCUGGGCAUCAGCGGCACCGGCGGCGUCGGGCUGGGCUACGACCCCCCAGGACUCCCCUCACCUCUGCAGAGCUCCCUGAGUAACCCGUCCCUGCAGUCCUCCCUGAGCAAUCCCAACCUCCAGGCCUCCCUGCGCAGCCCCUCGCUCCAGGCCUCCCUCAGCAACCCCUCGCUCCAGUCCUCCCACAGCAGCUCCUCCAUCCCCUCCUCUCUCUCCAACCAGUCCCUGCCUUCCUCCCUGUCCUCCUCGCUCUCCAACCCCUCGCUGCCCACGUCCCCCUGCAGCCAGCCCCUCCAGUCCUCGCCCAGCAACCCCAGCCUGCCCUCGGGGCUGGGGGGCUCCUUCGUGGCCACCUCGCCACGCCGGCGGGUCCCGCUCAGCCCCCUGUCCCUGCCCGUGGCCGGCGACUGCAGACGGCAGCACCCCAAACAGUUCUCACCAACAAUGUCACCCACAUUGUCCUCCAUCACCCAGGGCGUCCCCCUGGACACCAGCAAGCUGCCGGCGGAGCAGCGGCUGCCGCCCUACCCCUACGGCCAGCCGGGGAUGCUGCUGGGCUCCCAGCCCCCGCCGCGGACCCCCGCGCCGCCCCCGCGCCCCUACAACCCCCCGUACGCCCCCGGCGCCGCCCUGGGGCAGCCCCUGGCCCAGCCCCACAGCGACUUCGGCCUGGGCAGCCUGGAGCAGUUCGGGAUCGGGGAGAGCCCCCCCGGCAACAGCGGAGGGUUCCCCGAGGAGUUGGGGGCCCUGAGUUACCCCCCGAGCGAGGGGGGCUACGACCCCCCCGGCCUGAACCGCCCAAACCUGAGCAACUGCAGCCGCCACGGGCCCAUCCCCAACAUCAUCUUCACAGGCGACUCCCCCCCGGGGCUGUCCAAGGAGAUCACGACGGCGCUGGCGGGGGUCCCGGGCUUCGAGGUGGAGGGGGGGUCUCUGGGGGGGCUGGGGGGGCUGGAGGAGGAGCUGCGCAUCGAGCCGCUGACGCUGGACGGGCUGAGCAUGCUGAGCGACCCCUGCGCGCUGCUCACCGACCCCGCCGUCGAGGACUCCUUCCGCUCCGACCGCCUCCAGUGAGCCCGGGGAGGCCCCGCCGCCCGCUGCGCUCCCGCUGAGAACCGGGAGAGCCCCGGGAACGGCGCCCCGAGCCCGGCUGGAGGGAGCCGCGGCUGCCCCGGGGCGGGGGGCGGCACCGUGACCCCCCCCCCAGUACCCCCUGCAGACCCCAGUGCCGCUGUUGUCCCGGAGAACCCCGGGAAAAGCGGGCAGGGGGCUCCGUCCGGGCGCUGCCGCCCCCACCGACCCUCCAGACUGUCGCUGUUGAGGGCUCCGAGCCCCCCCCCAAAAUUCCCACUCCGGGACUGCCCCUCGGCCGCGCCAGGAAAAUCCUGGGAACUGUGGGGAGGGGGUUCCACUCAAGGGCUCCUCCUGCUCCAUCCGAGGCUGGGGGGGGUCCCCAGCACCCCCCAGUUCCCCCCCCACCAGCUCCCAGCUCCAGGAAAACCCCGGGACCACCUCGGAGCGGGGAAAACUGGGGAGGGAGAGACAAUCCAGGCACCCCAUGGCCCCCCCAAAACAAGCCUGGGGGGUUCCUCCCCUAAUUCCCACCCCCAGACCCGAGCAGGCACCGUUCUCCUGGGAAAACCCUGGGGAAAUCGGGGAGGGGGCGGCAAUCCAAACCCCCCCAGACCCCGGCGGAGGGGUCCCGGCCCCCCCCGGGGUGGCUGUACAUAACCCCGUAGGUAGAGACCCCUGGGGGGGCUGGGGGGGGGCCGCUUCUGCCUUUACUUUAUCAUUUUUCCGGCUAAUCAUCAUGUUUAAGGAGAAAUCCCGCCCUCCCCCCCCAAUAUGUACCCCCAGCCCCCUCCCCAAAUUACCCAGCUGCCGGGGACGUGUAGAAAGCACUUGUAACUUUGCCCCCCCCCCCAAAAUUGCCCCCCCGGGGGAGCACGGGGUGGGGGCCCGUCCGCGGGUGGGGGGCCCUGGGCCCCCCCCGGAGGGAGCCAGAGUGAUUUAUUAUUAUUAUUAUUUUUUAAAAUAUAUUCUAUGUUAAUUAAA